CCCAGUUGGUCCAGUUCUAUCAGAACUUGCGUGACUUGCUUAUUCAGCCAUUUAAAAAUUUGUAUCUAUUUCAUCAAUCUUUUAUCUGUGUCUUGUUUAAUUAUUGUGUAGUUUUGCCUGUAUAUCGUUUGAUUAUUACAUAGAUUUGUUUAGUAGUUUAUUUGUUUGUACACCUUAGUUUUCAUUAGUUCAUUACCAUAGUUCGUUAUCUUAGAAUUAGUUAGUUUUUAAGGCCUAGUCGAGUUUUAUAGUAGAAUUUAGUUGUAAUGGAUAGGAAUUGCUACAUUUGCGGACGUUCGGCAGAGGAAGUGGUUAAAUUAUUUUCUUUUCCAUUAAAUAUCAAUAAACAGCGAUCAUGGAAUGAGUGUCUUGGUGUACCAGCAGAAAACACAUAUUCUAGACGAAUGAGAAUUUGCAACAAUCAUUUUACAAAGGAAAGCUUUAUGUUGAAUAAGACCCCCUUGACCUUAAAAAGAGAUGCAAAGCCUUUAAGAGUGAUCAUGAAUGAAGCACACUUUGUAACGAGUGAAUCGCUUAGACAGCCUAAACUGGAGCAAGAUAAUUUAACGGAUUCUGUCAUAGAGUUAAAUAUAACAAAAGACGCUGCCAUACCUUCCUCCGCUACAAAUCCAACAACAGAGUCAGUAUUUAAGAAGACCCAGUCUAGUGCAACAAUCAAAGAAAAAUCACUGCGACGAAUUUUAAAGAACAAAGAGAAACAGAUCCGGAGACUUAAAAAGAAUUAUGAAAAUAAAACCACAUUAGAACCACUGAGAGAUAUGUUAAGCACACCAGAAUGUGUCUGCCUGAAGAAAAAUUAACUACAAAUGACAUUCAAGACUUAAUUUUGUUCCUUUUUGUUUUGUUUUAAUUCUUGUCUUGGUCGCUCUGUUACUUUAUUCUACUCACUGAAAUAUUGUUCCUUUUCGCUUUGUUUUAAUUCUCGUCUUGGUCGCUAUGUUAUAAUUUAUUCUGGUCGCUGAAAUAUUGUUCUAAUUGAUACGAACAGAAACAAAUAAAAAGAAAUAUUAAAGUUUAUAUAAAUUCUUAAUUUGAAAACAAUAAUUACUUUAUAAGUAAAACAACAUUUUAUCAUUAAUUCUGUCUACUGUUCGUUUUCACUGUAAUACUUCUAAUUUUAGUCGCUUUGUAGAAUUUUUUUAUUCUGGCUGUCUUAAAUCUGUUGUUUGCAACUGCAGUUUAUAUUCCUAAAUUUGUCUACAAAUUUAUUUGACUUAUGGUAUGUUAGAGUUUUUCAUGGGUUUUCCUCUAGCCUUGAAGCAAAUGCUUUACCAUUGUACAAAAACGCCCCCAUGAGCAUGAAAACGAUUAAAUGUAAAUAUUUGUCUAUAAAUAUACAUAGAUUUGUUCUUCUGAA